AUGUUCCUUUACAUACAAAAUCCUCCUACAAUCCUCACAAUCAAGAACUGGAUGAAUGAAACGUUAAUUCUUCCAGAUCUAUGUCUAGCUCUUGGGGUUGAAAAUGGUACUAUCCACUCCAACCAGCUGACAGCAUCCAGCGAAUACUUGAACAGUCUUGGGGCUCAUCGAGGACGACUCAACACAGUAUCAGAUGCAGGAGGUUUCGGAGCCUGGGCAGCAGCAAACAAUGACCUAGAUCAGUGGAUUCAAGCCGAUCUUGGUUCAGUGAAACGCGUAGUUGGAGUAAUAACACAAGGGCGAAGUGAUGAGGAUCAAUGGGUUAAAACAUACAAAGUUAAUUACAGUACCAAUGGUGGCAUUUUCGCACCAGUAUUGGGAUCGAAUGGUCAAGUUGAGAUUUUUAGUGCAAACUCAGAUGAAAACACCGAGGUGAAAAACAUAUUCAGCUCUGUUGUCUAUGCUCAAUUCAUCCGUAUCAAUCCAAUAACCUGGUAUGGACACAUCAGUUUAAGAUUUGAGCUUCUUGGCACAGAUUCAGUUGUAGCUCUUGGGAUUGAAGAUGGAACUAUCCACUCCGACCAGCUGACAGCAUCCAGCGAAUACUUGAACAGUCUUGGGGCUCAUCGAGGACGACUCAACACAGUAUCAGAUGCAGGAGGUUUCGGAGCCUGGGCAGCAGCAAACAAUGACCCAGAUCCCUGGAUUCAAGCCGAUCUCGGUUCAGUGAAACGCGUAGUUGGAGUAAUAACACAAGGGCGAAGUGAUGGGAAUCAAUGGGUUAAAACAUACAAAGUUAAUUACAGUACCAAUGGUAGCAUUUUCACACCAGUAUUGGGAACGAAUGGUCAAGUUGAGAUUUUUAGUGCAAACUCAGAUCGAAACACCGAGGUGAAAAACAUAUUCAGAUCUGUUGUCUACGCUCAAUUCAUCCGUAUCAAUCCAAUAACCCGGCAAAAGCACAUCAGUUUAAGAUUUGAGCUUCUUGGUGCAG